AUGAAGAGAACAAGCUUUGUUCUACUCGUUAUUUCCAUUCUAACCACAACAAUUCCUUCUCAUGUAGCCACUGAAAACUUACCCAUAUCCGCUAACCUUCAAGAAUCCCAAAAAAAUUGCUCCUACUCAAUUGAGAUUGAGACAACAUGUGCAGCAUCAGCUGAUACUAAAGGUCACGUCAGUGUUAGGUUCAGUGACUCAUCAGGAAACUUAAUCAUAGUGAAACCUCUGAAGAAUCCCAAGCUGUUGUAUGCUCCAAAGGGUUUUAGAAAGCAUGGGACUGGUUCAUAUGGAGGAUUUGGAAGGUGUUCUGUUGACAUGUUUGAGGCCAGUGGACCAUGCAUGCAAGGUGUUUGUUCAUUGUACUUUAAGAAGGUGGGCUCUGAUGAUUGGAGACCUGGUUGGGUGAAGGUGCUGCAUAAAGUGGGUGAUGGUCAUUUAGUGCCAGUUUCUUAUGUGUUCUAUUUUAGAAUAUUUGUGCCUGGAAAUGUUUGGUAUGGUUUUGACUAUUGUCAUUCUAAAGAGAGAUUUAUGCCCCAUGUUGCAAGUUUUGGUUCAGAUUAA